UGUAAAUGCUGCUGCUCUAUGAGGGUGAUAUAACGAAGACCAUGCUUGAUAAGUUGACAGUUACGGCGAUUACAUGGGUUAUUUUUGUCAGCUAAAUGUACAGUAAGAGGUAUCUCUGACAUAAGCUUAGCUCGGAGUGGUAUCAACUUGAGGAUUUUGGCAAAGGAAGAGCUUGGUUUUCAAUGUCAGUGUCUAAAAUCUGCGACAGAAGAAGGGGGCAGCAUAAAGUGUUGAUAUUUGCGUCCUAAAAUGAUGAUACCAUCAGCCUGUAAAGGAAUAUGGAGAGCUGCUGUCCAAACACUCAGGACAAGCAGAAGCUCUGGGCCUUGCAGAGUCCUAUCCACCUUUGAUGGACCCGCAGCUGGCCUAACUGAUGCUGAGACCAUCUUUGCCUUAUCUUCAGGCCAUGGCAGGUGCGGCGUUGCUGUGGUACGAGUCAGUGGUCCUGCCUCGGCUACAGCUCUGAAGUGUAUGGCAGGGCUCACACACAGCCUCCCUCCUCCACGCACCGCCCUGUUACGCAGCAUUACAGACCCUCAAUCCAAGGAAGUUCUGGACCGUGGACUUAUCCUCUGGUUCCCAGCUCCUCACAGUUUCACAGGAGAAGACAGUGUGGAGUUCCACAUCCACGGUGGUCCGGCUGUCAUUACUGCAGUCUUACAGGCCCUAGGAAGCGUGCCUGGCAUGAGGCCUGCUGAAGCCGGGGAGUUCACGCGGAGAGCCUUUCAAGCAGGGAAGCUGGGUUUAACAGAGGUGGAGGGGCUCGGGGAUCUGAUCCAUGCAGAGACCGAGGCUCAGAGGAGACAGGCACUCAGACAGAUGUCAGGAGAGCUGGGACGUCUCUAUCAGGACUGGAGCCACAGACUCAAACGGUGUCUGGCUCAUGUCGAGGCCUUCAUAGACUUCAGUGAGGAUGAGCUCAUAGAGGACGGGGUCUUAAACCAAGUUGACAGAUCGGUGUGUGAUCUGCAGGCAGAGAUGGAACGACACCUGAAGGAUGAGAGGAGGGGCGAGCGACUGCGCAGCGGAGUCCAGGUGGUGAUCGCAGGAGCGACGAAUGCAGGGAAAAGUAGCCUCCUCAACACACUCUGCCAAAGACCUGCAGCCAUUGUGUCUUCCAUCGCUGGCACCACCAGAGACGUAGUAGAGACGGCACUGGACAUCGGUGGAUUCCCCGUCAUGCUGAGUGACACUGCUGGCCUCAGAGACAGCCCAGACCUGGUGGAGAGGGAGGGGGUCCGCCGAGCCCGGGAGAGAGUAGAGCAGGCAGAUCUGACUCUACUGGUUAUAGACUCCUCACAUCUCCCCGCUGAUGCACGUAAAUCUGCAGCCUUCCUUCAGGAGAACCUUGAAGCUGUCCUGCCCACCCAGGAGCACCUAGAAUCAGACAGGUGUCUUCUGGUGCUGAAUAAAGCAGACCUGCUGUCUGAGGAUCAGAGGAAGGUGCUGGAUUUGGAGCUGAGACGGGCCCCUGGGCUUCCUCCUGUCAGUCUGAUCUCCUGCCACAGUCACGAAGGACUGCAGGACUUCCUCACAGUGCUACACAGCAGGGUCAAAACUCUAUGUGGUGACCCUCUGUCUGAUGCCCCCACCCUGACCCAGGCCCGUCACAGGGCCCACCUGCAGCAGUGUUACACAGCCCUGGCUCAGUACCAGCGGUUCCGUGAUACCGACCUUGCUCUAGCAGCCGAGGGGGUCCGCUUGGCUCUUACCAGCCUGGGCCGGAUAACUGGACGUGUCGGGGCGGAGGAGAUCUUGGAUAUCAUCUUCAAAGACUUCUGCAUUGGGAAAUAGUCCAAUAAUCAGCGGUGAAUCCAGAAAUACCUGUACUGUUGAGCUGUUCAGAGAAGUAGGCCGCAUUCUUUCUGAUCCCAGUGGAUCAAUUUUAGAAAACAGGUCAAAAAGAGAGACGGCUUCGGCAUUGUGCCAGUCCUCAGACAGGAGGGCAAAAAGAAUAGACUUCAUGUUCUUGGCUGCACGUACAGUCUGCUCCCGAGACACAGAUGUGUUUGUUUUUGUUGAUGCUCUUUAACAGACUGGAAUAGCUUCAGAGUGAUGAAAGGGCCCUCAGAGGCCUCGUGUGCCGGACAAGUGUUUGGCAAUUUAGAGUUCUAAUUUAAAAAUAGUUUUGAAAGCCUUUGAUAGGUGAAGAUUGAGCUCUUGGGACAAGCUUAACAGCCAAGAUCAUUUAAAGUAAGCCGGCUGGAGGCAUCCACAAGGUCACGGACUCAGUGUUUGGGUGUUUACUCGUAAUAAAGACAAUGGAGAAGAGUCUGUCAGGACUAGGGUUCAGUUAGGCUUGACUACACUGAACAUGUAGUAAAUUAAACUCCGAUCACUGCACAUUUAGAUACUUCAGAUAUAUUUGUUGUUUUUAAGUGCAGCAUUUUGUCAUCUCUGAAUGCUUGUGUGCAUUAGACACAGCUGUCAUCAGGAAAAUAUGAACCUUUGAUCAUGUUUUAAAGCCUAGGGGACUAUUGAAAAUAUUAAUAUAAAAGCAUUUCAUAUGAGAUCUUUGAUGUGAGGUUAAUGGCAUCAUUUAGAUGACAAAUCAAUGUCAUCAACCACACAGACAUUGGAAUUUUUCCUAAUGGAGGCAGAUUGUCUUUUUUUGGUCUUUUUUAUUUUUUCAAGUUAGGUUGUGUAAGAUAUUUGCCACAAGAGCUUUCAGGCAGACAGAAGGCUCUCCACAGUGCAAAACACAUGAAAGCCCACUUGACCUUUGCAAAAAAAAACCCUCCAAGUGAAAGCCAAGCAAUCAGUUUUCAAUUUAAUUAAUUUGCAAAAAAAAUAAAUUCUGUUUUGACUUUGUCAUGAUGGGGUACUGACUGUAAAUUGUAUGAGAAUAAAAAUGAAUUUAAUCGACUAUCAUAGGGUAGUAACUUUUUUUUAAAAAUGGAUAACAGUGAGGGGGUCUGAAUACUUUAUGAAUGCACUGUACUUUGCAAUGCAACAAUAGGCUGGAAUGGUUUAUUUUUGAAGUUGGGUUGUAUAAGGAACUUGGUGAAAUCAAUCAAAUUAGAGACGAAAGGUAUCAUCGUGUGCUGCCCCUUUAAAGAAUGCAUGGUGAGGGUGCAGCUAGCGAGAGCUGCAGACGGGUACAGCAGCUCCAAAUAAUUCAGUGUAUUUUAGGUUUCUUUGAGUUUUGUUUUUGUGUCAAAUGGUGGAAAAGUUUUGGUUGAAAUGAUGGUCAUAAGCUCCACUUUAGUUUCAUCAGACCAUAACACAUUUUCACAAGUGCUUUUGAGGGACCUGAUGUGUGUUUCUGCAACAUUUAACCGCACAUAUGAAGAAUAUAAGCCAUAAAAUAACACCAUACCCACUGUGAAGCAUAAUGGGGCAGCCACAAUAUUCUGAGUUGUUUUAAGCUAGAACUAGAGUUUUUAUAGAGAGUAUUAGUGGACUAAAGUAAAAAAAAAAGAAAAAAAAAGAAAAAGAAAUAAGAAGAUGAAGCAGGACAAAAUAUUACAGAGAUAUAAGAAUAUUGAUAAUGAGAGAGAAUUUAGGAAGGGAUUUAAAAGAAGAGACUAAUUCUGUACACCUUAUUUCCAGAAGCCCAUCUCAUAUUAAACUUUUGCUCCAUAUUGGAAAAAAUAUAGCCAGUAGAAAAAAGGUAAAAUGUAAAUAUUUCCAUGUUUGUUAAGCUUCAAAAACAGGCAGUUCAAGCUCUUCAUUGACACAAUUUCACCACAGUGUGCACUUGACCCUAACACCCUCAUCACACAAAAGUAAAGGUUUGGAAAUAAAGACAUUAUUAACUUGACUCAAAGAUUAGUAAAGGCAUUUCUUGACACAGUGGCUGCUCAGACAUAGAGUUCAUGUAUGUUCUAUUAAUGUUCUGAUAAAUGUAAAUAUUAAAGACCAUUUAAAGUCCAGCGUUGACUCAAGCAAACACUACAGCCAAACAUUACAUAAAGCUGUUGAGAGUGACCCAGCUCUCUUCUCUGCUCUGUGGGAAAAGGACAUUUUUGGAGGCGAUGCUCUCAGUGCCCUUUGUUUCCCUGUCAAUCUGGCCUCAAUCAAAUAUUUAUGUUUCCUCGCUGAACUCCCCAACCUUCUCCCCUGCCUGGUUACGUCUCCUUCGGUCUCUGACGACAUUCACCCUGCUGUCCACCAGCUUAAACCGUCUGUGUCUCUGCUAGCCAACCUUUCCUCUUUCCGUACUACCCUGUCAGCCGUUUUGUCCUCUUUCAUGUUGCUUCUGAUUAAUUACAACAGAGGGGGAGUUCAGGCUAAAAACAGGUCCAGCUGUCAUUUAGAGGCUGUAAAUUUGGGGGACUUGCAUCUUUGAAGUUGUGCCAAUGUGUUGUUAAGUUCAUGUUUACUACAACUGUCAAAAUGCAAAAGAAGACAAGGAAUAAACCUCCAAGACAUUGUUUUUUUUAAUGAAAUAAGAUGUCUGUAA